GCACUCGGUGUCACGACGGGAGGAGACUCGCUCCCGCCUGGUCACAACCCUUCUGCCCGCGAUCCUCGCGGCGCUCUGAGCCCCCUGGCCGGUGGCCCCAGCAGAGGGGCCGUCCCGCCAAACUCGUACCAAACUUCUCCACCCUGGGCUUGGGAUCCUGCACUCUGGGGACUCCUCACUCGCUCCUUUUCCGGGAUCCAUCCCCAGCCUGUGGACUAGGAGCUGGCAGCCCCCCUCCCUGGGUCCCUCCUCUUUCUCCAGCCUUUUUUUGGGGAGGAGCACUUCUCGAUCUGGAGAGUUCCCGAGGGUCACCCGGCGCUCAGUGCUCGCUUUUCCGCUUCGCCUUCACCUGGAUAUAAUUUGCGAGCGAAGCUGCCCCCAGGAUGACCACGCUGGCCGGCGCUGUGCCCAGGAUGAUGCGGCCCGGCCCGGGGCAGAAUUACCCACGCAGCGGCUUCCCGCUGGAAGUGUCUACCCCCCUCGGCCAGGGCCGGGUCAACCAGCUCGGAGGAGUAUUUAUCAACGGCAGGCCUUUGCCUAACCACAUCCGCCACAAGAUUGUGGAGAUGGCCCACCACGGCAUUCGGCCCUGCGUCAUCUCUCGCCAGCUCCGGGUAUCCCACGGUUGCGUCUCUAAGAUCCUGUGCAGGUAUCAGGAGACAGGUUCUAUCCGCCCUGGUGCCAUUGGAGGCAGCAAGCCCAAGCAGGUGACAACGCCUGACGUGGAGAAGAAAAUUGAGGAAUACAAAAGAGAGAACCCGGGCAUGUUCAGCUGGGAAAUCCGAGACAAAUUACUCAAGGACGCGGUGUGUGAUCGGAACACUGUACCCUCAGUGAGUUCCAUCAGCCGCAUCCUGAGGAGCAAAUUCGGGAAAGGCGAAGAGGAGGAGGCCGAUCUGGAGAGGAAGGAAACUGAGGAAAGCGAGAAAAAGGCUAAACACAGCAUCGACGGCAUCCUGAGCGAGCGAGCCUCUGUGCCUCAAUCAGAUGAAGGCUCUGACAUUGACUCUGAACCAGAUUUACCACUAAAGAGGAAACAGCGCAGGAGCCGAACCACCUUCACAGCCGAGCAGCUGGAAGAACUGGAGCGUGCUUUCGAGAGAACCCACUAUCCCGACAUUUACACGAGGGAGGAACUGGCCCAGAGGGCGAAGCUCACUGAGGCCCGAGUACAGGUCUGGUUUAGCAACCGCCGCGCAAGAUGGAGGAAGCAAGCUGGAGCCAAUCAACUGAUGGCUUUCAACCAUCUCAUUCCGGGGGGAUUCCCUCCCACCGCCAUGCCGACUCUGCCAACGUACCAGCUGUCAGAGACCUCUUACCAGCCCACAUCUAUCCCACAAGCGGUGUCGGAUCCCAGCAGCACUGUUCACAGACCUCAACCGCUUCCUCCAAGCACUGUACACCAAACCACUAUUCCUUCGAACCCCGACAGCAGCUCUGCCUACUGCCUCCCCAGCACCAGGCAUGGAUUUUCAAGCUAUACAGACAGCUUUGUGCCUCCAUCGGGGCCCUCCAACCCCAUGAACCCCGCCAUUGGCAAUGGCCUUUCACCUCAGGUCAUGGGACUCCUGACCAACCAUGGUGGGGUACCACAUCAGCCUCAGACCGAUUAUGCUCUGUCCCCUCUCACUGGGGGCCUGGAACCUACGACCACAGUGUCGGCCAGCUGCAGUCAGAGACUGGAACAUAUGAAGAACUUGGACAGUCUGCCCACAUCGCAGUCCUAUUGUCCCCCCACCUACAGCACCACAGGCUACAGUAUGGACCCUGUUACAGGCUACCAAUAUGGGCAGUAUGGACAAAGUGCCUUUCAUUAUCUCAAGCCAGAUAUUGCAUAAGUGAACUGUCCACUUGGAGCUAAAACUGGUCCUGUUUCCAGCCUCCACAGCCUAGACAUGAAGAAUCUUCUCAGAAACAAACAAACAAAAAUAAAUAAAUAAAAAAAAUUAAAAAUCAGCUUUGGGGGGAGGUGGAGACAAAGGACAGUGAUUGAUUUUCCUUUCCAGUAGUUGGUUUCAGAUUCUUUUGAACAUGUUGGACAAAAAGCAGUGGAGAAGAGAAGACCGUGAGCAAUCAAAGGCAAACACACCAUUUUAAGGCAAUGGUGCAAAUCUGGCUAUGUAUCAAACUAUUCCCAAGUCUUUGUUGAUGACCAAGAAGUUUAAACAUUCCGUGUGCGUGUGUGUGUGUGUGUGGG